AGGAAAUUAUUUCUAAUCUAGAGGCUAUUUUUUGUGAUCCAUGUGAUUAGCAAAUGACAGCUGUCGAUGUUUGGAUAAACCGGCUUAUGCAGUUACUGUGUAGUGUGAAAAAAUGUUGAAGUAGUUAAUAUUUUGAAGUGAUUAUGUUCUACUAGUCUAGUAGUGUGAUGUAAAAGUAAAGACGUUGAGAAAAUCAUAAUCAUAUGCUGUCUGUUGACGAGAUCGAUCAUGUUGAUUGCGAAACGAAACAAAGAAAGUUUCUUGACCGUUGCCGCCCCGACGCACUUUCGUCCGGAAUAAACAUCACUUUUGCGUCGGACUCAAGGAAGUCUCGAAACUAGCAAGUGUUGCUAUGCCUUAUGAUCAUGUCCUAAGGAAGCAACGCAAAGCGUUCGGUGAGACUUGCGUCUCUAUGGAGCUGUUCUCCCAUCGCCGCUCUUGUCUUGAAAACGUGUCUGAGUUGUAGUACGGAUCUCCAGUGGCUCAUCGGUUCCAGGGAAAGAAAGGACAUUUCUGUCACAGCUCAGUAGAAUCAGGUGAUGGCUCAAAAGGCAAGGACUGUUCUCACGUUAGAUGCAGAAACCGUGAAUGCGCUGAAGCAUGGCAUCAAUUUUAAGAAAAAUCGUGAGGAUGGGAAAUGUUACAUAAUUUAUAAGGAUAACCGAGGUUUGAGAGCUUGCAAAAACCAGUGUAAACAUCAAGGAGGACUGUUUAUUGAAGAUAUGGAGGAUAUAGAUGGAAAAACAGUCCGCUGUACAAAACACAACUGGAAGCUGAAUGUAUCUUCAAUGGAAUACGUGAAUCCCCCAGACUGCUUCACACAAGAUGAGCUGGAAGUUGUCUGGGUGAAUGAAGGUGUCCAGUUAGUUGAAUUAAGUCCACCCGAUCCUUGGAAUGUAGACCCAAAGACCCCAGAGGAACUAGAAGUUGGGGAAGUAACGGUGACAUAUCUGACGCAUGCAUGCAUGGAGCUCAAAUGUGGGAGGAAAACAAUGCUCUUUGACCCCUGGCUCACUGGCCCGGCAUUUGCCAGGGGUUGGUGGCUGCUCCACAAGCCACCCGAAGAUUCCUUGGAGAGGCUCUGCCAAGCCGAUGCCAUCUACAUCAGCCACAUGCAUUCUGACCAUCUGAGUUACCCUUCCUUAAAAACACUGUCUGACCGUCGACCCGAUGUGCCUAUAUAUGUAGGAGACACUUCACGCCCUGUCUUUUGGUACCUCAGAAGCAGUGGAGUGACACUGACCAACAUCAACGUGGUUCCCUUUGGCAUUUGGCAGAAUAUUGACGAGCACUUGCGGUUUAUGAUUCUGAUGGACGGCGUGCACCCUGAAAUGGACACUUGCAUAAUUGUGGAAUACAAAGGUCACAAGAUUCUGAAUACGGUGGACUGCACGCAGCCAAACGGGGGUCAGCUUCCCUCUGCUGUGGACCUCAUGAUGAGUGACUUUGCUGGUGGGGCAUCAGGGUUUCCCAUGUCCUUCACAGGGGGCAAAUAUACAGAGACGUGGAAAGCAGAGUUCAUCAAGAAUGAAAGAAAGAAGCUUCUGAACUACAAAGCUCAGCUGGUCAAGACCUUACAGCCCAAGAUUUACUGUCCUUUUGCAGGCUAUUUCAUUGAAGCACACCCAUCUGACAGAUACAUUAGAGAAAUCAAUAUGAAGAAUAGCGCAGAAGAACUCAAUGCACUUACCAGGAAACUUAACCCGUCCAUUAAAACCUGGACCCCGAAGCCAGGCUCUGUACUGGAUCUGAGUCUAGCUUUGAAGGACCCCUCCAGCAGCAUGGCCAUUACUGACCCCCCUCCCAACACGCAGCUCUAUAUGAAUAAAUGGGAAUUUGAUCUUUACAUGGAUGAGAUCAACAGUGUCAUCACUGAUGACAUAUUUAAGCACAAGAACUGGAUCCAGUUUUAUUACAGAUGGGCAGAUUUCAAGGACUACAAUCUUGUUGUGAGGGUCAUUGAAACAGAUGAGGACUUCAGGCCUUUUCCUAAUGGUUAUGACUACUUUGUGGACUUCCUGGACCUCUCCUUCCCUGGUCAAAGGCCAGAGAGAGAUCAUGCCUACCUCGAGAUAAAGAAUAGAGUUGGAGUGAUGCGUUACAUAGUGAAGAAUGGCCUUCUCUGGGACAGUCUCUACAUCGGCUUCCAGAACCGGAUCAGCCGAGAUCCAGAUAUGUUCCACUUCCGUUUCUGGAAUCACUUCCAAAUAAAGCUACCAACCAAAAGACCAGACUGGAACUUGUUCCUGCUGCAGGAAACAUCAGUCCCAGUGCAAGCAGAUUCUCACAGAUAAUGUGCAAGUUGAUUUAAAAUUAAUCUCAUCACCUAUUGUUCAGGUAAUAAUUACUGAGAGUUAAAUAUUGGUUCUACCGGUGUAAAUCUACUGUAGACAAAUAUUUAAAGUGGAUAAGUGUGCAAUUUAGUAAUUUAUGCGUCAUUAUGGAUAGUGUCAUUUUUUGUUUUCUUGCAUUUCUAUUAUAAUUUUAAUGAAGUUGUACUGCAAUGGCCUUGCCUAUAUAUGUACAAUGAUCAGUUCCAUUGUCAGUGUAUGAUUCACAAUCUCAGUUGCUAAUGCAAUCCUGUGAGGAAAACAUGAGUUUUAUUUUAUUUGACUUUAGUAGUGGAUCCCAUUGUACCGUUGUCAUAUGUUUACUGACAUUUUAUUGCUGCAACAAAAAAAAAGGAAAUGAAUGUGAAAUGUAAUAA